UUCUUUGACGUCGUAAAGUUGUUUUAUACUUCACCUUCAUAAAGAUUCUCAAAGAAAACCUUCAUCAUAAACCCUCCUCCGUCUAAAGUAUUCUUCCUCAGCUUCCAUACAUUAAAUGUAAACACAAUUAUAAUUAGUUAUCAUUCUAGUUUGUGUCACAAAAUGGGUAACUGCGUAUGCAAAGGAAGUGGUGGCUCACGAAAACUAUACGAUAAAGAUGAUUUAUUAAUAAGAGUUGUGACACCAAACGGCGGCGUCAUGGAGCUUCACCCUCCAAUCUUCGCCGACUUCAUUACCAACGAAUUUCCCGGCCACGUCAUCCACGACACCUUAAGCAUCCGCCACUCCUCUCCGCCGCUUCUACAAGGAGAAGAGCUCUUUCCCGGUAACAUAUACUACCUCCUCCCUUUUGCUUCCACCACAGCCUCAACAGCUCAACAACAUUACACCGACCAGUUAGCAACGCCGUACCGAAUGUCUUUCGGGAAAACGCCGGUGAAGGCGGCUGCAAAUGGCGGCGGAGGAGGAGGUGGUGGUGGAGGGGUGUGGAAAGUGAGGCUUGUGAUAAGUCCUGAACAGUUGGCGGAAAUUCUUGCGGAGGAUGUGGAAACAGAAGCGUUUGUGGAAAGUGUGAGGACGGUGGCAAAGUGCGGCGGUUACGGCGGCGGAGCUAACUGGAGAGUGAAUUCAGACCAGUUAAGCGUUGCGAGUAGUUUCAAAGACCAGUCAAGAGAUUUUUAAGGUCGAGGGUCACAGUAGCGAUGUGGGCUUGCUUCCUACUUACAGUUGACAUGUUGAUCCCACGUGGGCCCUACUUCUACCCAAUAGCUACGUGACCUGGUCCCACCUUGUGUCACAACCUUUUACUCUUUAUUUCUUCCGCUGUAAUUACGAUAUACUACCAAAAAGCAGCAAAUAAAGGACCUUUUUAUCUUUGAAUAAUGAGAUUAAGAGACUCUA